AUGAAAAACACUCCUCUUAAGCUCUCAUAUGUUUAUCAGUGCAUUGGUUGUGAUUCUUAUCAUCUUCAGCCUAUUGGGAGGACUAUCUCCAAGGGUAGCAGUGUAAGAUAUCUACCUGGGUUUGGUCCUGUUGUUCCCCAAGAAUGCAGUGAUUGUGGGAAGAAAUACAACAUGGGUGGACCUAUAUGGUCUGCUUCCAUUCAUGAUCAAGAAUGGGUGACUUCCAUACUAGAAGGUGUGAAAUCAAUGAAGGACCGGUAUCCUGCUUACGACCGCAUCUCUGCUGUACUAACAACAAUAUCCGAGGAAUUGCCUGAUGUUCCUCUCUUUUUGAGUCUGCACAACCUAUGCGCAACACUGAAAUGCACCUCGCCAUCGGCAGUGAUUUUCCGUUCUGCUGUGAUCAAUGCAGGAUAUCGUAUAUCUGGGACGCACGUGAAUCCCCUGGGGCUAAAAUCAGAUGCCCCCAUGGAUGUCAUCUGGGACAUAAUGAGAUGCUGGGUGAAAAAUCAUCCUGUGAAAGCUCAAGCGCCUGAUCAGCCAGGAAGUGUUAUACUGGCUAAAGAACCAGUCCUUCAAGCAAACUUUGCCCGAGCUGUUGCAUCUCUUAGCAAGGCACAAGCCAAGAAGGUUGCACGCUUCCUUCCGAAUCCUGAAAGACAUUGGGGACCAAAACUAAGGGCAGGUCGCCAAAUUACCAGCAAACACAUUUCUCUUUUGGGUCCAGAGGCAGUGAAUGGACAUCUUAACCAUGAAAAUGGUGAAGAGCCUAAAGCCAAACGUCCAAAAACAGGGGAUACCAGUGAUCCUACAAGCACUUAA